UCGGUGGUAUCUGGCAACCCUGGGGAGGUGGCGCGUCGCUGGGAGAACCCAUGCGCGCCGCCGCCGCGGUAAUAAUAAUGCGCUUCAGAUGGAGGCGCGCACGCAGCUUUCUCGCGAGCUCUCCGACACGCACACCUGCCGCCGGGAUGAAGAUGAACUAAUCUCUGAGCUGAAGCCUGUUUUCCAACCCCAGCUGUAUGGGUCGCCUGGCUGCGAGACAUGGAGUGUGUGUUUCUCUCCGGAUGGUACACGCUUUGCCUGGUCCGCGGGUUACGGGAUAGUGAGGGUGCUGCCAUGGCCUCUGCCUUCCAACCUUCAUGCUACAGAUUCUGGGACUGCAGAGAAAGUUCUGGAUUGCUUAGACACUGUAUGGGGAAUGGCAUUCGGCCCAAAUGUCUCAAACCAGGUGAAAUCUUCCCGACUGGAUCGAAAAGGCCAAGAACUGCUGCUAGCAACUGGCCUCACUAACAAGACGAUCAAGGUGUGGGUCGUCUCCAGUGGAAAGUUACUGUUCAAUCUGACCGGCCAUCAGUCGGUCGUGAGAGAUUUGGUCUUCACUCCAAAUGGGAAUCUCACACUAGUGUCAGCAUCCAGAGACAAAACUUUGAGAGUUUGGGACUUGUCAAAGAAAGGUCCACCAUCCCGAGUGCUCACUGGUCCAGAAUACUGGGUGUACAAAUGCGCCGUUUCUCCCGAUAGCAGUCUGAUCGCUUCGGUCUGUAACCUCGACAGUAAAGUCUAUCUUUGGAGUCUUCGAUCCUUCACUUUCGUCAGGAACCUGAAAUACGAUUGCGAGCGCUCCAUGGUGUCCUGCGAUUUCUCCUCCGACGGAGCUCUGCUUGCCGUCGGCUCUUAUCACGCUGCGACAGGAUGGUGGCUGGACCUGUGGGAUCCCUACACCGCAGAUCACCUGACCAAAGUGACGGACUGUGACCUCUGCGUGUCCACGAACGUCAAUCUGCUGACGGCUUUGACGUUUUCCCCUGUGUUUCCUCAUCUGGCUUUCAAAGACUACAAGGCAUUACAGAUUUGGGACAUGGAACAGGACAGACUGGUUUUAGAGUCGGAUCUUAACCGAGCCAGCGGACUGUGCUGCGGCUUCCACCCACAAGGCAGCGCCAUCGCAACAGGGUGUCGAGACGGACAUGUGAAGUUUUGGAGAGUCCCUUGCCUGGUUCCCAGCCUGCGACAUCUAUGUCGUGCCACGCUCAGGUACUCGGUGUCCACCUUCCAGGUGCAGGCUUUACCGCUCCCCAAGAAAAUCCUGGACUUCCUCACGUACAGAGACCUUCCUAAGAUCAAGAUCCUACACUGCACUGAACAUCGCAGCUGAUGAAGGGGAGCGUUUUGAGUUGUGGCUGGGGGGACGGGAGACCGUUUUUUAUUUAUUUCAAAGCUCGAACAAUGUGGUUGGUGGAAGAAAAAAAACUUGCACAAGAAGAAAAAAAAAAAAAAAAGACGGGUUUAAUAAGAACAGAUUUAUUUAAACUAUUAUUAUACAUUAUAGCACUGCUGUAACACUGGUAUAUUUGAACAAGGUUUAUUUUAUUCUA